AUUAGAUGGAUGGGGAGGAUCUCUUGAGUUUGCUUGAUUUUGGAAAACAAACACCACCCAAGGACAAAGUGGCCCAGUGGAGGUGACUGAGGAUAACACCGAAGAGCUCUGCAUUUUCAGCCAGGAAUCUGCACGAGGAUGAUCCUGGAAACGGAAACUGAGAAAACCUCUAUGCUUUUGGCUGCAGUCGUGACAUUUUCCCAGUUAAAGACAAUAGCACUUAAAAAAAAGGUUGACUCCUGAUUUGUAUUCAUAUGGGGAGAAUGAACUGCAUGGAUAAUUCGGAAAGGAAGAUUAAUGUUCAUAUCCGGAAGUUUCAUCAUUGAUUCUCAUUUAUUUUUGUAAUAAGCAUUGCUGUGUUUGACUCUGGACUCUCUAACUGGCUGCCCAUUAGGAAUCAUGUGGCUAUUACUAAAGGAAGACUUUUUAAAAGCUAACAUGAAAGGCAAGACAUGUACCCAGUGGAAUGCUGAAGUGUCCUGCUGUUUAUGAGAAUUAGAAUAAUACUCAGGAAUCAAGUGAGUAAAACAAUCAGAGGAAGAGAUGCAAAUAACACUGCAGGGCAGAGAAGAAGUUUCAAAAACUGUGAAAGGAACCAGGGUUACUAUUUGCAAAAUUAGGUUUGAUGAAGAACCACACUUUUCAUUGUUUAUUUCAUUUUUAUUACUUACUUUCUGCUCCUCUGACUGCUGUUUUUGUUCCUGAGCAACCAACAACAAAUGCUAGAAAAAAUACUACAGUUUUGAAAAUUUCAGUACUUGCAUUGUUUAUUUUUUCUUGUCUGAAAAUACCCUUAAAAUUUGAGUGAAGAAAAAGACAGGGAAAUAUCCCCAAAUCCUUGGAAACAAAAAAUAUCUACAUACUGGUCAUUUUUAAAUAGACUUUCUGCCUAACGGUGAAACUACAGAUGAAUAUAAUUGCCUGACACAAUUGAAAUCUUCAUAGUGGGAACGCCGGGUCUACUGUUGCUAAGGUCUUUUUGCCAUUCCUCCAGGACUUCCACCAAAAGGAAAGGAUCCCCUGGACCAACACCCUCUAAGAUGUUUAUAUGGACCAGUGGCCGGACCUCUUCAUCUUACAGACACGAUGAGAAAAGAAAUAUUUACCAAAAAAUCAGGGACCAUGACCUCCUGGACAAAAGGAAAACUGUCACGGCACUGAAGGCAGGAGAGGACCGUGCCAUUCUCCUGGGACUGGCCAUGAUGGUGUGCUCCAUCAUGAUGUACUUCCUGCUGGGAAUCACGCUCCUGCGCUCAUACAUGCAGAGUGUUUGGACCGAGGAAUCUCAAUGCACCUUGCUGAAUGCAACUAUCACAGAAACAUUUAAUUGUUCCUUCAGCUGUGGUCCAGACUGCUGGAAACUCUCUCAAUAUCCCUGCCUCCAGGUGUAUGUUAACCUGACUUCUUCCGGAGAAAAGUUCCUUCUCUACCACACUGAAGAGACAAUGAAAAUCAAUCCAAAGUGCUCCUAUAUCCCAAAGUGUGGGAAAAACUUUGAAGAAUCCAUGUCUCUGGUGAAUGUUGUCAUGGAAAACUUCAGGAAGUACCAACACUUUUCCUGCUAUUCUGAUCCAGAAGGAAACCAGAGGAGUGUCAUCCUGACCAAACUCUACAGUUCCAACGUGCUGUUCCAUUCACUCUUCUGGCCAACAUGUAUGAUGGCUGGGGGUGUGGUGAUUGUUGCCAUGGUGAAACUGACACAGUACCUCUCCCUGCUCUGUGAGAGGAUCCAGAGGAUCAAUAGAUAAAGCAAAAGUGGAUGAGAAUAUUUUCUUUAAAUCUCAAAUACUGUUUUCUUUCAUUCUUCACCAAAGAACCUUAAGUUUGUAAUGUGCAGUCUGUUAUGAGUUCCGUAAUAUAUUCUUAUAUGUAGAGCAAUAAUGCAAAAGCUGUCUUAUAUGCAAAUAUGUCUCUGUUAUUCAGGAGAAGAAAUAACUCUUUUGUGUUAGUUGGUUGUUUCCAUAUUCUUGUUUUGAUGCUGGAACUAGUACUUCCUUCCCUCCUUCUGCCAAAAUAGGGCUCAGUUAUUCAUUUGCCACGCUUUGUGGAAGGAUGUAGACAAUAUCAUUAUGAUCGGGUCCAGGUUCUGAGUUGUCAGAGCUCUACAAGAUAUUCCUGCAAUAUUUUUCAUCAUUCAUUGUUCUCUAAAGCUGCAGCCAAAAAUAUUUUUUUUUCUUUUCUUAUUCAAAGCUGAGCCCUGUAGCAGGUGAAGGGAUUUAUUUAGGUUUCCUAACUAGAGGAAAUUAUGCAUUUUCCUUAUAUUUCUACCAUAUCACUGUAAAGAAGAGGGAAAAUCCAGCCAGCUAUUUUUCUUUCAUUACAGUUAAUUUAUAAUUUAAACUUUUCUAACUGAUUUCCAAAAAAAAAAAGCUGUUUUGUUAACUAAUUCUAUAAUCUCUUCCUGUGACUUAAAUACAGAAUGAAUAGAGCCCUUUUCCAUUCAAGACCCUGCUACUGUGUGAGGAGAUGACAUUUACAAGGAGUUUCAUUUCCAAUGAACUGACUGAAUGUUGAGUAGAUAUUCCUUAAUUGCAGGAAAGUUUGUCGCUAAAAUAGUGUGUGAAAGUCUUUAUUCCAUUUCAACUGAACUAUUAGGAUGGUAAAAUUAAGAUCCUACUUGCUGGUCGAGACUAGCUGAAUGAUUUCAAUGAGUAAAUCUAUUGUGAUAAAUGAACAUGUUAUAAUAUUGCUCUUUGGGAAUUUAUGUUUUUUCCUACGUGUGUAGUCUCUUUCUGAUAAGUGUUCCCUAUCAGGGUUUUAAAGCUUUGUGCACAGAGUAUGUAACUCCUCUACAUGUUUUAUUUUUCUAUUUACAAUUCCCUUUGUUUUUGUUGCUACAUUUUAUACACAGAAUAGAUCUUUUUUCCUAACACACACUGACACUGAGUAUCAGAUUUAAAGGAAGCCUAAGGUCACAUGGCCAUUUAUUUAUUGUGUUGGGAGGGGUGGGGGAUGAGGGACUUGUUUUAAACAAAAACAUUCCAUCUUUUAUUUAAUAUCAGUAGCAAAAGGAGAAGACAAACAUGUAUCUUUCUCAUCUAUAUUUAAGUAUCUUUUGUAAUGUAGUUUCAAAGUUUUCUAAGUAUUGCAAAAUUUUACAAAUCAUACUUGUAGAAUGAAUGGUGAAACUAAUCUGAUGAAGUGGAAAGUAUUCUGUGAUAUUGUAAUUCAUAGUUUGACUUUUCAUAAACAAAUAAAUCCCUAGGGUGUAAUUAGGACUUCAAAUGUGUAAUUAAAAUUUUUAAAAAUC